GGGCCCGACAACUAAAUAACAGUAGAGUUCGGUUCCUGCUCCCGAAACGCCGUCACCAAGAUCUCGCCCCACCACAGGUAUGGUAUGGUAUGACGGAACCUUCAUGUACGCUGGUCGAGAACAUUUCUGCUUCAUUCUAUCUUGUCAUGCACAUCAUCAACGCUGGAUGAGACUGGCUGUCCUUGUUUAAUUGAAACCCGUCAUAUUAUUACACUGUUCGAACAAAUGGCUGAAACGCCUAAAUACCUUACGGGUGAUCCGGCGGGCAUCCAGGAAUUUCUGGAUAAGUUCGAUGUUUUUCUCUUUGACUGCGAUGGCGUCUUAUGGUCAGGAGACAUCCUAUUCGAGGGAACAGUUGAGACCUUGGAGAUGCUGAGGCGGAAAGGAAAGCAAAUUAUCUUCGUUACCAACAAUAGUACCAAGUCCCGCGCGGAUUAUAAAAAGAAACUGGAUGGCCUGGGAAUCCCCGCGGACAUUGAAGAAAUCUUCUCCUCCUCCUACAGCGCCUCAAUCUACAUCUCCCGCAUCCUAUCCCUGCCCCCAAAUAAACAAAAAGUCUUCGUCCUCGGCGAAACCGGCAUCGAGCAAGAACUCAGCGCGGAAAAUGUUCCCUUCAUCGGCGGCACCGACCCCGCUUACAGGCGCGACAUCACGCCUCACGACUUCGGCCAGAUCGCCACCGCUGAACCCUCCCUAAUCGACCCGGAAGUCGGCGUCGUACUCGCCGGCCUCGAUUUCCACAUCAACUAUCUGAAACUGGCGCUGGCGUACCACUACCUACGGCGCGGCGCGGUGUUCCUUGCGACGAAUAUCGAUAGCACGCUGCCCACUGCGGGCUCUUUUUUCCCUGGCGCGGGCACGAUAAGUGCUCCUCUUAUAAGGAUGUUGGGUGGUAAGGAGCCUGUUUCGCUCGGCAAGCCGAGCCAGGCUAUGAUGGAUGCGAUAGAGGGAAAGUUUAAGUUCGAGAGGCAGAAGGCCUGUAUGGUUGGUGAUCGGUUGGAUACGGAUAUUAGGUUUGGGAUUGAGGGUGGGCUGGGGGGUACGUUGGCGGUUUUGACUGGGGUGAAUAGUAAGGAGGAUUUUACGAUGGGGUCGGUGAGACCCACGGCAUAUGUGGAUGGGUUGAAGGAUUUGCUCAAGGCUGUGUAGUGCUGCUGAGGUUUUGCUUAUGUUUGAAGGUAUCAUAGACUUCGACAUUUUGCGGUUUACUAGAUUUGUUCUGAUUAGAGACGGGUCAUGAGAGUGAGAGACCUCAUGUAGUAUUUUCAUGAUACUCCAUAUAGACCAGCGAUAGAUGAAAGAAUAUAAUUUCUGGACACUUAUUCCUUGUAAAUCUAUCUUCAUCGAAGGAGACUACUUCCUUCAAUUCAAUGCUCCUCUCGGUCCGUCUAUUAUACAUUUCUAGUUAUGAUACAUUGGUCCAUGCAAGGGAAAUGGCUAAAUAUCGCUUUGGAAAUGCCUAUCCUAUACUAUAUACAUGCAUUAUGAUUGGGAAUAAAACGGCCUUCUCAGGGUCCAUCAUACUUCAUCAUAUAAAGUUUCAGAUUCCAGAGCCAAG